AUGCUGCGGUCCCAGAACUUCUGGAGCCCAGCCGUGGUGAAUCCCACCAUGUUCUUCAACAUCGCUGUCGAUGACAAUCCCUUGGGCACAUCUCCUUUGAGAUUGGAGUUGUUUGCAGACAGAGUUCCAAAGACAGCAGAAAACUUUUGUGCUCUGAGCACUGGGGAGAAAGUAUUUGGCUAUAAAGGUUCCUGCUUUCACAGAAUUAUUCCGGGAUUUAUGUGCCAGGGUGGUGACUUCACACACCAUAAUGGCACAGGUGGCAAGUCCAUCUAUGGGAAGAAAUUUGAUGAUGAGAAUUUCAUUCUGAAGCACAUGGGUCCUGGCAUCUUGUCCAUGGCAAAUGCUGGACCCAACACAAAUGGUUCUCAGUUUUUCAUGUGCACUGACAAGAAUGAGUGGUUAGAUGGCAAGCAUGUGGUCUUCGGCCAGGUGAAAGACAGCAUGGAUAUUGUGACAGUCCUGGAGAGCUGUGGGUCCAGGAAUGGCAAGACUAGCAAGAUCACCGUUGCUGACUGUGGACAACUCUAA